AUGUAUAAAAGAGCCGCAGAACAGAACUGCCUCGCUCUCCUUGACCUCUGCAACUCUUUCUCCACACUCACUCAGAUCCAAGCAAGAAUUCUCAAGCUCGGCCACCGAAACAACCUUUUAAUCCUGUCGAAAUUCACCUCCAUUGCCUCUGGCAUCGACGCUAUCGACUAUUCUUGUUCUUUCACUUUUUCCCCAGAGUCAGAGCCUCAUUACAAUGAUACCUUCCUCUUUAACACUGUCAUUGAAGCGUAUGCCGGGACAACUCAUUCGAAGCCUACUGCUUUACAGUUUUACAGAAAAAUGCUCAGUUAUGGGGUGUCACCCAAUAACUACACCUACCCUUUUGUCCUCAAGGCGUGUGCUGGCAUUCGAGACUUUAUUCUGGGCAAAACGAUCCAUGGGCCGGUCUUAAAACUCGGUUUUUGUGCCAACACGCAUGUCACCAACGCCAUGAUUCACAUGUACUCUAGUUGUGAAAAUGGGUUUGAAUCUGCACAGAAGGUAUUCGAUGAAAUGCCUGAAAAAAACUCAGUUUCUUGGAGCACAAUGAUCGGUGGGUGCGUGAGGUGUGGAAAAUCCAGUCAAGCAAUUGAGCUGUUUAGGCGAAUGCAGAUGAUUGGGCUGAAGCCCAACGUGGUCACUAUGGUUAUGGUGCUAUCCGCUUGUGCUGAUUCGGGAGCCCUUGAGCUCGGGAGAUGGAUCGAGUCUUUCAUCAAGAAGGAGAAGUUCGAGAUGAGAACAGAGUUAUGCAAUGCUCUGAUAGACAUGUAUGCUAAAUGCGGUGAUCUCGAUUGCGCUCUCGGUCUAUUUACAAAAAUGCCCACGAGUCAAAGGACGGUUGUUUCCUGGACUUGCGUCAUUUUUGGGAUGGCAGCGCACGGCCGUGCCCUGGAGGCCGUGUCCCGUUUUGAGGAGAUGAAACGGGCCCGUGUGGACCCGGACGACGUCACAUUCAUAGGUCUGCUCACGGCUUGCAGACAUGCCGGUUUAGUCGAGGAGGGGAAAAGAUACUUCCGCUUGAUGGUGGAUGAGUAUGGGAUCGGGCCCAGAAUGGAGCAUUACGGGUGCAUGGUGGAUCUAUUGGGCCGGGCCGGGCUUGUGAGGGAGGCCUUGGAGUUUGUGGAGAGAAUGCCGGUGGUGCCGAGUCCCGUGAUAUGGCGGACUUUGGUGUCGGCUUGCCGAGCGCAGGAUAAGUUGAGUCUUGGGCAGAAAAUAACAAUGGAUCUUAUCAAGAAGGAGCCAAUGCAGGAUGUGAAUUAUGUUCUGCUCUCGAGCAUUUACGCGAAAAUGGCAAAUUGGGGAAAGAAGGACAAGGUUAGGGGUGCAAUGGCGAAAAGGGGGGUUAGGAAGGCUUCUGGAAGUGCGGUGAUUGAGCUUGGUGGAGGAGAUUAA